CGCUCGUGAUAAUCAUGUGCACCACGCAAAGCGGACAUACAUUGGCCCACGAGCAUGGCAGGCAAUACGCCUACACUGGCGGUGCUGCUGAAAGCGCUGCGGCAAGUGUCGAGCGCCCCCACCGCUACGAGCGCGAUGGAGCAGGCUGUCGAUCGUCUCAUCACCACCUCGUCGCUGGCUGAGACGCAAAACCUCGUAUUUGCACUGCAACAAUGCGCAAAAGACCAUCACUCUGCUGGACUGACCGCAACUCUGUAUGAAAAACUGCAACAAGCUAGUGCUAUCUGCACUGAGCCAGCCAGCAAGACCGAGUUCCUAGGAUUCGUUCUCUUCCAGGAGAGCGUCCGUCGUCUGGAAACACUAGACGUGUCCACCCUGCGCAGCGUGCUAUUCAAGGUUGUAAACGCCAACGAUGGCGUAUUAUCAGGCUAUUUAGCGGCUCUCACGUCUGCUGAUGGACCCAUUUUCAACGUCAAUGUGGACACUGAGAAAGUUCACAGGACACUAGAAAUCGUAUCUCCCGUCUUCAAAACUGUCCUCAUGGACACAAUGCAGACAGAAGGACGCAAAGCUGCAGUUUUAAACACUGUCGCCUCCAUCGCCUGGCACUUUGACAACGAUAUAUCUUUGCGGACGACUAUGGUCUGCAUCCUAGUGGAGGCACUGGAGCUCGUGCCGCACUCGCAGCUCCCCCAACCGACCUAUGCGUCCCACGUGGCGUUGGUUGUUGAUCUGCUGAGCUCCUUCCCCACUCAGACGAAGGAGCAGGUGGCACUGGCCAUGAGGACGGCGCGAUUCGUGCUGGAAUCGGUGCAGAUUUUGAUCGAAAGAGAUGCAGGCGUCGUGUUCCUGUUGCAAUCACUCGGACAGCUGGCUCGAUGUGUGCCUGAAGCAUUUUGGAGCUCAAUAUUCCUCACGUCGGCUACGUAUUUCCUGGUGGACAAGUGCGUGGCGCCGUUGGAGCAGCAGUUGAUGCUGAAU